AUGGCAGUACAUGAUGUCGAAUCCGAUUCAUCAGACUGCUCAAACAAGUUCUGGACGCGACCCGAUGCCAACGAUGAAUCUUCCGAAGAUAUGGAAAAGCUAGUCAAUCGUACGACGACGACGACGAGUGGUGAAACGAGCAGCGGCAGCGGUGCUGGCAGCGGCCAUAGUAGUAGUAGGGGCAAUAUCUCGAAACGACGUCAAACAAAAAUGCUACUUGUGUCGCUGAUCGAGUCAUUUUGCCGUAUCCAUGGCGACUCACCCGAAGCCAAUCGACGCGUCUUUUUUCUGAUUUGCCAGACACUCAGCUCUUUGGGCUUUAUUGAUGCAGAAUUUGUGGAUGAAAUGGCCAGUGUACGAUCCACUUUUCAAGGUGCCUUUCAAAAGUUGUUUUAUACGGCGGUCCAAACAGUGCGUACACAAGCAUUUCGCUCUCUUGAAGAUGGUUCCACAAUGAUGCGCACAGGCAGUUCCACACCACGCAUGAUUGAUUAUUAUCAUGAAGAAGAAGAUGCCUUUGGUUACCAGACCACCCACUCGAUUGCUGAAAGCUCCUCUUCUACAACAACAACAACGAAUACUGGAUUCAGUUUGAUGAAUGUACAGAAUUCUCGUUAUCGAAAUGAUUUUGUUCAGGUGGCGUUGCUGGGUCGAGGUGGAUUUGCAAGUGUUUGGAGAGCACGUAACAAGCUGGAUGGAAUCGAUUAUGCCAUCAAACGGAUUCGAUUAGGCGAUGAUUUGGUGGAUGAUGGUUAUGGAAUGCCUUAUGAUAAGAUCUUUCGUGAAAUCAAACAUCUCGCACGACUCGAGCAUCAUAAUGUGGUACGCUAUUAUGGGUCUUGGCUCGAAUACAAUGAGGACGCAUCUUUUGAAACAUCAUCAUCACCUCACCACCAUGUAUCGGAUGAUGACGAAGACAGCAUUUUUAAUGGUUGUGAUCCCACUUUUGAAGAUGACGCGGAUGAUAUGAAAGAUGAUGACAACACCCCACAAGAUAUGUCACAUAUCCAUUUUGGCAACGAAGAUGACGACGACGACGACGAGGAUGAAAGCACCAUUCAUUAUCACCAACAAGCGCUUUGCAUUCCUCACACAAAAGCCAAACGACGUAUGUCUCGACGCUCCAGCACUAAGUCCAACGGUAGCAGUAAUCGACAUCAACGGCAACGACAACGACGAAGACGACGUAGAUCCUCCUCCUCUACAUCAGGAUGGAUGCUUUAUAUUCAAAUGUACUUGUGUCCAGCUACUCUGCAUGAUUAUAUCAAGUAUCGCAAUCGUAAAAAGCAGCCCAUUGACAGUGCACGAAAUAUCGAGAUCUUUAAGGGUUUAUUGGAAGGUGCAGCGUAUAUCCAUGAACAAGGGUUGGUUCAUCGUGAUCUCAAGCCAAGCAAUAUCUUUUUGGGGAUGCCUGAAUUUACAUGUCAUCGACAACGCCAUCAUUGGAGAUCAUCAUCGAGCAGUAGCAGCAGUGACGAUCAUUACCAUGGGUUUUCAUUCGAUUCGGUGCGUACCAAGGAAGGCAAACUACGUGAUUGUAUGUGGGAUGAAAAAUGGGUUCCCAAAAUUGGUGAUUUCGGCCUUGCAGCAGCUGUCAUGCAACAACAACAUCAACAAUCCAAGAAACCAUUGAUGCAUCAUCAACACCCUUUCUCGCCUGAUUCAAAUGGUAGCCCCGAUGUCAUGAUUGGAUCACACAACAGCUUUUUGUCCAUUUCAUCCUCUUAUUGUCAACGUAACAGCAACAAUGAUGAUGAUAGCAGCAGCAGCAGCAGCAGCAAUGGCAGUGACAGCGAGUAUAGUGCAGCAGCAGCCGGUGGUGGUGGUCAUAAACGGUCUUUUGGCGUUGGUACACGUACGUACGCUGCACCAGAACAGCUUGCACAUCCAUCUUACAUGUACGAUGAUAAGGUGGAUAUUUAUUCACUUGGGAUCAUCCUUUUUGAAUUGUAUCAGUCUUUUUCAACAGGCAUGGAACGUGCAUGUGCUAUCCAACAAUUACGCAAGGGCGUCUUCCCCGAUGGCUUUGUAGAAAAGUAUCCAAAAGAAUCAGCACUUAUCUUGUGGAUGAUGGAUGAUAAUCCAGCCCAUCGACCCUCUGCUGUUCAGCUACUUGAAUUUGAACUCUUUUCAUCUCCUGAACAAGACAUGUAUUCUCAGCUGCAGGCACAGCUUGAAGCGCAAUCAGCCGCCAUGCAUAACAAGGAUCGUGAAAUGGCUGCUUUGCGAGACAAGAUGAAACUUAUGGAGCAAGAAAAUGAUGCCAUGCAUCGACGUGUGGAUGAAUUGCAGCGUAAGCUUAAUGAAACAUCCGUGUAG